AUGGAUUUUGAACGUGAAAGUAGCAGUGACGAAGAGAUGAUUGAAGAUCUGGAAGAAAUCAACGAAUUAUUUCCUAUUCGUGGUGGCCGAGUCAUGAAAGAAAGAAUCGAUCAUGUUCAUCAUUUAUCUGACGCCGAAUUCGUAAAGAGGUUCCGCCUUUCCAAAGAAUGUUUUCAUCGGUUGUUGUCAGAGGUUGAAGAAAACAUUAAACCACGAACGGAAAGAAAUUCAGCAAUAUUUGCCUCAAACCGGUUAUUAUUAACAUUAAGAUUUUUUGCUACGGGUAAUAUGUUGCUGGCUGUGGCUGAUUUUUGUGGGGUCAGUGAAGCUGCAGCAUCCCAAAUAGUGAAGUUGGUGGCAAUAGCCAUUGCCAAUUUAAGACCCCAAUACUGCAAAAUGCCGGAGGGUGACGACAUUGGAAAAGCGCAAAGAAACUUUUAUAACAUUGCUCGAUUUCCUUUGGUUAUUGGCACCAUCGAUUGUACGCAUGUACGAAUUCAAUCGCCAG